AUGGAAGUACAGAGGUGCAGAAACUGUCGAAACUGUACUAUCGACCGUGUCUCGUUAAUGGUACUCACUUCCGUGCGGGCAAACAAAUCUAAAUCGGUCACAAAGCCUGUCCAUACGGUGAAGAAAGUUCAGUCUCAUCUUAGAACCAGCUUGCCGCAGCAGGAGAUAUGUCCUGUGUGUAAAAUGGCGUAUGUGCCAUAUUUGGCACAAGACAUCAAGCUUCAUGAUGCGUACCACCAGAAGGUUCAGCUGGGCAGGCCCUGGACUGAAUCUUGGGGAAACGUGUUAGACGUGUCAACACUUGCGAUUCCACAGAAAAUUCAAAGAAAUUCAACACUGAUUCCCUGCAAGUAUGUGGAGGUUAAUAUCGACAAUAAAGUUGAGGUUAAUGCAGCGCAACAAGUCAUAGGAAUCGCAAAUAAAUGUUUGAAUGCUCCUCCAGAGUGUAAUUACUGGAUGUCCGAUAAAAGCAGGGGCAAGGUUUUUCUUUGCAUUGCCGAAAACAGAGCCAUUGGAGUAGUGGUUACGGAGUCUUUGAAUGAUCCCAAAGUUAAACCUCAUUGGUUCAUAGUGGAAAAGGGCAGAGUUGUUGAGAACCAGACAGUUAAAGAUGUUCUUGUAGGUAUUUCUCGGAUCUAUGUGUCUCCCGAAUGGAGACGAUCUGGUAUUGCAUUGCAACUACUGAAAGUUGUUUGUCAUUUUUCCUUUUUCGGAAUAACUUUGAAACCACUUCAAAUAGCGUGGAGUCAGCCAAGUGAAUAUGGGGGCAAAUUGGCCUCCAAGUUUUCUGGAGUCAAGCAUAAAUCAGGCAAGAUACUAAUCCCUGUCUACAACGAACAUUCGCCCUAA